AUGUCUUCAGUAUACGCUAGACCAGGUGCUUCUGCUGCUCCAAAAAAAUCUGAAAAAGAAUCUAUCUAUUCAAAGAUUGUCAAUAACCCAAGUUUCCCAAUCAUUUUCAACUUAGGUUUAUUUGCUGCCGGUAUUGCUUUCAUUCAAAGUCCAAUCAUGGAUGCUAUGGCUCCUCAUUUGAUAAUUGGUAAUGAAAUAUCUGUACAUAAUGAAUAUAAAUUGCUUAUGAGAAAAUAUCAUAUUAUUUAA